CGCCCGACAUCUGAAGAAGCGGAAGAAAUCCAUAAUUUCGAGCGCGAUGACGUCGAGGUUCUUGAGAAGAUUGUCACAGAGUUGGAGGGAAAAUGGGCCGAAUACAAGAAGCCUUUUGUCACUUUCAUGAACCGAGUGUGGAGGCCUCGAAUGCGAAAGAUGCACCGGGAUCGAGAGGUCGACAAGGCCACCUACCGAGCUGAAUUGGUUCAAGUGGGUAUCGAAUUGGCAGAAUCGGAUGGGGAAACUGAUUUGGAAACUGAUUCAGAUGGAGAGAGUGAUGCAAGUUGGCCAGAUGACUAUGAGGACACUGGCAGUGAGGGAUGGUAUACAACCGACGAGGAAGAUGGCGCAGAUGAGGUGGAAGAUGACGGAGAA